CCUCUGCAGCCGAUAGGCGAAGACAUCCACUUCUUCCAGCUUCCCAAGCCACCAGAGAACAAUGAACCCGCCCUGAUCACCCUCUGUACCUGGCUAGGAGGCGCCACGCCCCCACGGAUCCAGAAAUACAUCUCCGGCUAUCGGGCCCUGUAUUCGAGCUCCGCGAUUCUUCUCAUCACGACGCGGAUCCUAGAAAUCAGUGCACUCCCCUUCAGCGUCCUGCACGCGCGGUUGGCCCCGGCGCGGGAGGUGGUGCGGCGGGUAGUAGCCAGCAGCAGUAGCAGCAGCAGCAGCAGGAGCAGCAAUAAUUACGAUGACAAUAACCACCAAUCAGUUCUUCUACACAUCUUCUCACACGGUGGAUGCAACACCGCCAUUCAGUUAGCCCUCUCUCUGCAACAGGAGGAUCCAAGACUUGAACUGGGACGAUAUCUGGGCGGGAUCAUCUUCGACUGCUGCCCGGGCGACACCUCCUUCGGGCGCGCGUACCAGGCGGCCGCGCACUCCUUAGCGCCGCGCUCACUGCUGGCGCAAACACUGGGAAGAGCACUACUUUACCCGGUAAUUGGCGUCAUCACGGGCCUCCAGCAGACGGGGUGGAUGAGCUCCGUUCGAGGCCUGCGGGCGCAAUUGAAUGACCCGGCGGUUUUUGGCAAGACUGCGCCCCGGCUGUAUCUGUACUCUACCGCAGAUGCUAUAGUCCGAUGGGAGGAUGUGGAGUCGCAUCAGAGGGAGGCGGAAGUUGAGUUGGAGGAGUGUUGUACGGUGAAGAGGGUCGCGUUUCCGGAUAGCCCGCAUUGUGCUUUGGUGAGAGAUCAUCAUGAUUGUUAUUGGACGGAGAUAGAAAGGUUUUGG